AUGUCUGCAAUCGGGUCCCUUGUCUUUUGCACUGAUUGCGGAAACCUUUUGCCAGCUUCCAAGGGCAGCUCAAAGAAUAUUCUGCAGUGCGAAUGCUGUGGUGCUGAAAACCGAGACACUGCUUCAAAUACUAUUGUGACACAUUCUAAGCCUUCUGAUUUUCCCUCAUUCCUGCGCCAGAAAUUGUCUACCACCCAGACAAUAAAGCGUCAUGAGGUGAAUACGGAGGCAACGACGACUCAGACGUGUCCCAAGUGUGCAAGGACUGAGGUCAGGUUCUCGGCUGUUCAGCUUCGCAGUGCGGACGAAGGAUCAACUAUCUUCUAUACGUGCGACUGUGGCUACAAGUGGAGCGAGAACAACUGA